UUUCAGCACUUUCAUUACUGGAAUUUUUGCUCUGCUCUUCAUGGGAUAAGAAUACUCUAAUGGCAAAGAUAUGAAUGUAUGGAAUUGAAUCAUAAGUGCGCAUCAAACAAGAUGACAGCCGCAGCUAAUAAUAAGAAGAGAAUGCAUGAUUCCAUCCAGAGAACAACAGCAAGCACUACUGAAGUCUAUGGAAGCUCACUAGUGGUUGCAACUCCAACAGUUUCACCAAGAGAAGACUACAAACAGGACAUCAAACACCUCUAUGAGCUCGAAUCUCUUGGUUUGAAGACCGAAAGCGAUCCCGAUGAAGCAUCCAUAAUCAAGUUCAUGGAUGACUACAGGAGAACAAUCAUCAUCAAAGAAGGCACAAUCACAGCAGGAUUCCCCUUCAAUGAAAACGUUAGCAAACUCAAAGACAACUUCAACAUUGCCUUUCGCCGGCUACAAGCACUCCUUCGAACGCUCCGAAGAGAUGCAAAAAAGCUUCAAAUUUACAACACGACGAUCGAAGACUACACCAGGGAAGGAAUCAUUGAGGAAUGUACCUCACAACCAACUGGACACAUCGAAGAGAAGGGCACCCCAAUAGGAAAGGAACUAUCCAAAUCUCUGUAUGUCGACAAUGUGCUACUAGAAGGCGACAAUCCGCAAGAACUGAUCCAGAAAUACAAUUCUUCAAAACAAGUGUUCUCUUCCAUCGGCAUGAAUCUUCGCGAUUACUUGUCAGAUUCUGCUGCAGUGAACGCACAAAUCAAGGACGUGGAUAGAGCAACAAAUCGCGAACUCAAAGUGCUCGGAAUCAAGUGGAAAGCUGACGAUGACACCUUGGUCAUGGAAUGUGCAGACAAAGAACAAGUCAAGAUCACCAAAAGAUCUGUUCUUAGCCAAAUAAACGGAUUCUGCUUCGACCCACUCGGACUGCUCACACCACUGAUGAUACCGGCAAAGAUAUUCCUACAGGACAUACACAAGCUGAAGUUAGGAUGGGACACCAUUCUUCCUGAGGAGCAAAUUCAAAGAUGGAAGACCAUUCAGGAUGACAUAGUCGGAUUCAAGAAAGCCAUACCACGCACAGUGCUUAACAAGACUCCCGAGGCCAAAUAUAUGCUUUCUAUAUUUGUUGACAGUUCCAAACGAGCUUACGCUUGCUGUCUUUAUACGACUACAUCAGCGAAGAAUGGUAUGAAGAGCACAUCACUCUUUACAGCAAAAGCGAAAGUGGCGCCCAUCAAGAAGGAACAAACUAUUCCAAGACUAGAACUGUUGUCAAUAUUUCUCGGACUAUCUGUAGCCGAAACAACCAUGUCAAAAUGCGGAAUAAACUUCUCAGAAGUCAACCUCUUCAGCGACUCAACGAUCGCACUAUCAUGGAUAGCUAGCAGCAAAAAGCUUCCACCGAUUGUAACCACACUGGUUCAAAAAAUCAGCUUCGCCGCAGAAAGGAUCAGAGAAACAGCUAAACUCAACUUCUUCCACGUCCCAACAGAAGAAAAUGCAGCGGAUUGCGCAACAAGAGGAAUCAACAAGCAAGACUUCACAGCUUGCAGAUGGUGGAAAGGACCAAGUUGGCUCAAUCACCCAAAUAAAGAAUGGCCAGUACGUUCCAUCAGUGAUGUCAAAGACAGUGUCGAUGACGAGUGCGAAAUGCUCACUCAUCAAACUACAGAAGACCUUAGCAAAAGCAAUUCUGAUUGGCCAGUCGCUACGAUAAGCAGCUACCCCAAAUUGAAGCGAGUUGUGGCAUACUGCCUACGUUUCAUCCGCAUGGCAAGCAAGAAUAGCCGCUUCAAAAUGGCAGAAGAAGACCAAGGGACAUCACGAUUACCGAACGCAGCUGAGCUUAUUUUCGCUGAAAAACAUAUAGUCUUGCAAGAACAGCGGAUCUACGGGACAGCUCUGAAGACUAUCGGACGAUGGAAAUUAACAGAUGAACUUCUUCACACGUCGUUAUGUGAAAUCGAAAGCAUCGUCAACUCAAGACCAUUGACUCACAUAGGCGAAGACGACCCUUCUUGCCAGGUCUUGAGACCAGUAGAUUUCAUCUAUAAGGACGUUCGGCUCGGAAGCACUCAACUUAUACCCGCCGACGAUGAUGUACAGGAUCCAGAUUACCGGAUAAGUCCAGAACUCUCAUCACAAAAGGAAGCCAAAACAGUUCUUCUGGAGACCGAGAAGAUAACGAAAAAGUUCUGGAGUAUUUGGAAACACGACUACCUCCUUGAACUUCGCGACCGUCACCAUGUUUUCAAGAAUGGAAGAACCACAAAUCGCAAACCAGAAGUUGGAGACGUCGUACUGCUUGACGAAGACUCACAAUUGAACCGAGGACACUGGCCCAUGGCUGUUAUAACGCAACUCGUACUAAGCAAAGAUGGAGAAAUCAGAAGCGCAAUCCUGAGAACCACAUCUGGAAGAGAGAUUCAAAGACCUCUCAAUCGCAUAGUCCCCCUAGAAAUUCGUUCAACGAUAGAACACGAAGAUGAGAGACAGGAUUCAACGCCACAAAAAGGAGGAAUAGUGGCCAAGGUUAAAAAAGCGCUCAGGAAGAAACCGACAACUGCACCUGAACCUCGCAAGCAACCACAGAGAGCUGCGAAAAAACCUGUGGACUACGCAUCUUCUAAUUCCUCCACCAUAAAGAAAAGCGCUUCACAAAUCAGCAAGUCAGUGAUGAUAACAAUAUGCUUGACAGCUCUUCUUCUCAUUGAUACGACAUCCGCAAAUGUGCUAUCCUGCUCUGAACAUGGAGUGAAAGUCAACACGACUUCGGAAUCUGAAUCACAAUUAUGUCUCAAUUAUAAGGACUGUCUGCAAAUCUCGACGAAGAAAGGAAUGAACGAAGUAGCGCUUCCGCCGAAGUACCGCACAACAGAACAUCGAGUUCAAUGGCGCACCAUGAUCGGAGCAACACAGUACUCCGACACCAUUAUCUGCCCACCAAGAGACAUUUGCGACAUGAUCAAAUGCACAGUUUGUGCAGACUUGCUUCGGAAUCCACACUGCGCCCCCAACACCGCGGUAGCAAUCACAGCAGUUUGCGCAUACCUUAUGAUGCUGCUCAUCUGGUUCAUUUGCUACACUGGACUUCAAGGAAAACGCCUUUUGUGCCGAACUAGCGAGAACGAGAUGCCAACGGAAAAUCCUGUCGCUCCUGCGAAUGAUCGACUUUCCGAGCUUCUAGGAAAACAAUCCCGAUCUCUACCAAUCCAAUCAAAGAUGAUCACAUUUGUGGCUAUUGCAACAUGUCUCAUCGCAGGAGUCAAUUCAUGCCAGUACACUCACACACUCACGUCGAGGAACACCAUUUGCAUGAGGAUCAAUAACACGCUCAACUGUCGCUACACUAUCGAAAACAGGAUAACCUUAAGCGAACACCGACCUCAAGCUUGCUUCAGGAUUCAACAUGAUAACAAGACAGUUGGCAGCAUGGAGAUACAACUCCAACACGUCGUACUCCAAUGCAAUCCCGUAGUCUUGUUCUACACCAGAGAUGCCGAGAUAGUGACCGAGUCAGCAAAGCGAUGCCAUUUUUCUGGAUCAUGUUCAUCCAACACAUGUGCUCACACUAGCCAGCGAUCCUACAUACCUGAGCUUCACAACACCUAUGAAUUUCCUGGAUACUCAAGGUGCACCUCGUCAUGUGGAAGCAUCGGAUGUGGUUGCCUUCUACCUCUACCUGGAUGUCUCUUCUCCCGCUCAUAUGGGAAACCGCAAAGUGAAACAAUUUACCAAGUGUUUCACUGCCCGACUUGGGAUGAAUCGGCAAUCAUCAAAUACACUUACACAAGUGUUAAUGGACGAAGAGAAAUGAAUAUCGCCACAAUCACCGCGCAGACUACUCACACUCAAAAGGAUGCUAACCUUACACUGGAAUUCGUGACAACGCCAACGAUUCCGCUACUGAGUUCUGUAUUUUUGCAACCGUCAACACCACUAAAACGGAAACUGCCUUGGUCGACAACGACGAUGUAUUUGCGCUCAGAUGCCCAACGAUGGAAAGCUCUCGAAACCUCUCCCUUUGCCAUGUAG